AUGCGGCACCUCCUCCUCUCCCGUCUCCUCCGCCGCGCCUCCUCCCCCUCCCAGCCUCACCACAACCUCCAACUUAUCCGUGCUUUCUCCUCCUCCUCCCCUCUCCCGGCCUCCGACACCGACCUCCGCAAGUACGCCGGCUACGCGCUCCUCGUCCUCGGCUGCGGCGCCGCCACCUACUACUCCUUCCCCUUCCCGCCCGACGCGCUCCACAAGAAGGCCGUCCCCUUCAAGUACGCGCCCCUCCCCGACGACCUCCACACCGUCUCCAACUGGAGCGGCACUCACGAGGUCCACACCCGCGUCCUCCUCCAGCCCGACUCCAUCCCGGCGCUCGAGGAUGCCCUCGCCACCGCCCACAGGGAGCGACGCAGGCUCAGGCCCCUCGGCUCCGGGCUGUCCCCCAAUGGCCUCGGGCUCUCCCGGGCCGGCAUGGUCAACCUUGCGCUCAUGGACAAGGUGCUAGACGUCGAUGUCAAGAAGAAGACCGUCACGGUGCAGGCUGGGAUACGUGUCGCCGAGCUCGUCGAUGCGCUCAGAGAGCAUGGGCUCACAUUGCAGAACUUUGCGUCCAUUCGAGAGCAGCAGGUCGGCGGCAUCAUUCAGGUUGGUGCCCAUGGUACUGGUGCGAGAUUGCCUCCAAUUGAUGAGCAGGUUAUUAGCAUGAAACUGGUUACUCCUGCCAAAGGGACGAUAGAGUUAUCAACGGAGAAAGAUCCUGAUUUGUUUUAUCUUGCCCGUUGUGGACUUGGUGGCCUAGGAGUCGUUGCAGAAGUUACUCUUCAGAAAUGGCUUUCUGAAAACAAACAUAUCAAGUACUUGUGGAUUCCAUAUACUGAUACAGUUGUCGUUGUCCAAUGUAAUCCUCCUUCAAGAUGGAAAACUCCAAAGUUGGCAUCAAAAUAUGGAAAGGAUGAAGCCCUACAGUAUGUUCGUGACCUUUACCGAGAGUCAUUGAAGAAAUAUAGAAAGGCAUGGGGGGCUGUGAUGUUUGUAGGAAGAGUCGCUUAUGUCAUAAGUUAUACAAGAAGUGUCAGGUUGAACCUUUUUGUCUGCUUGUUAGGCAUUCAGUUGUGCUACCUUGAAAUGAUAGACAAAUUGAAGAUGUUUUUCAGAACUGAAGCCGACAGUAAAGACCCAGCGAUAGAUCAACUUUCAUUUACUGAAUUGAGGGAUCAAUUGAUCGCCCUUGAUCCUCUGGAUAAAGAUCAUGUGAUCAGAAUUAAUAAAGCAGAAGCUGAGUAUUGGAAGAAGUCUGAGGGAUAUCGCAUGGGCUGGAGUGAUGAAAUACUAGGUUUUGAUUGUGGUGGGCAGCAGUGGGUUUCUGAAACCUGCUUCCCUACAGGAACUCUAGCGAAGCCAAACAUGAAGGAUUUAUAUUAUAUGGAGGAGUUGCUACAGUUGAUUGAGAAGGAGGAUAUACCUGCACCUGCACCUAUUGAGCAGCGUUGGACUGCCCGCAGCAGGAGCCCUAUGAGUCCGGCAUCAAGCUCUGAAGAAGAUGACAUAUUUUCAUGGGUUGGUAUAAUAAUGUAUUUACCAACAUCGGAUCCUCGCCAAAGGAAGGAUAUUACCGAGGAGUUCUUCAACUACAGAAGUCUGACGCAAACUAGUCUCUGGGAUGAUUAUUCUGCAUAUGAACACUGGGCUAAAAUUGAGGUUCCGAAGGACAAGGAUGAACUUGCUCAACUGCAGGCUAGGUUGCGGAAACGCUUCCCCGUUGACGCGUAUAACAAGGCGCGCAUGGAGCUGGACCCUAACAAGGUUCUCUCCAGUGCCAAGUUAGAGAAGUUUUUCCCAGGAAUGCAGACUGUCCAACAUGCAAAGUAA